GCCGGAUCCCGCGUGGCUGCUACCAGAAAGUUAAGAGAGACCCAUGAAGAAGGAAAAAAAAGAGAGAGAGAGAGAGAGAGAUUUAAUAUAUAGAAGUUUUGACAGUUCUUGUUGGGAUUACUCUGGAAGAAAUAUUAAUAUUGUAGUAUAGAAUAAAUACUAGUAGCUAUAAUUAUAUGACCAAGACCGGUCUGGGCUUAUUGUCCAGCGUCGUAGGGCAACGUCCCUAAAACAAAGCGCAUCGGGGAAGACGCAUUGACCAACUUUGCGACUUCGGGGUCUUAAAACCCCUCCGGCAGCGUGACAUCAGGAACCGUUCGCCGCGUUAACGGCUCAGUUCUCGGGUAUGUAUCUAUAUUGUUAUAGAUUCAACAUAGACAUCUUGUGUCGAAUCCUGUAAAAAUAUGUAUCUACCCUCUCCCACAUACUCUUUCACCAUUCCUUCACUUCACGAUGACACUCAACUCGACUGUCGCCUUUAUCUUCCCCGUACUCCGUUGCAGUCAGAAACUAUACGAGGGGCUAUAGUCGCACAUCCAUAUGCUCCCCUCGGUGGGUGUUACGACGAUCCAGUCGUAAGCUUUGUCGGAGGCGAGCUUUUGAGGAGUGGAUAUAUCGUGGGCACAUUCAAUUUUCGUGGUGCCGGUACUUCAGAAGGACGGACUAGUUGGACCGCGAAGCCCGAAUUAGCAGAUUAUGUGUCCUUCUACGGAUUCAUGCUGUGCUACUUGCAUUCCUUGAGGUCGCAAAAGGUUUCACGUCGAGGGGAUGGAAGUAUCCCAAGUGGGCCCAGUGUUGAGGGCCCUGAUGCGCAGUGUACACUUGCCCGAGCAGAUAUCCAUCUCAUUCUCGGUGGUUAUUCCUACGGCUCAUUAAUUGCAUCACAUCUUCCCUCACUUGAUGUCGUUGCGGAUAUCUUCAAAAAUAUCACCGUUAGUACACAGGCAUAUGGAAUCCUCCAAAGUGCAGCGAAAGUUUCGGCUCUGCUCGAGGCCAAUGACUCAACCCAAGAACGAAACUGGGCAACAGAAGACCACCUGGCCAUGGAAGAACCGCUGGAUAUUUCAGGAACAACAAUUUCAUACCUUCUCAUAUCGCCCCUCUUGCCGCCACUCAAUCUGUUCCUAACGUUCUUCUCAACAAUGUCCUUGGAUAUUGGGGCUCACAGUCCAGCUCAACGGAGACAGAUUCCAUGCCCCAAGCCAACUCGUCAGCUAUGCGCCCAUCCGACUCUAGCUAUUUACGGAAAUUAGGACAGCUUUACAUCUUCAAGUAAAUUAAAUAAAUGGUCAGACGAACUGUCGCAUGCGCCCGGGGGUCAAUUUCAAUCGGCCGAGAUUGACGGAGCUGGACAUUUCUGGAGAGAGAAUGGGGUCGAGUCGCAGGCAAGAGAUGCACUGGGAAAGUGGUUGCGUCUGAUACCUUGACUUUCUCCGCAGAAUAGCGAAUAAAAGGUCCCUUAAUGGCAGUUUUAUGAUCCCUCUAGGAGAGGUCUAGAAUGUUGGACUGAAAGAUGGAUGGGACCGCGUUCCCCAUUUUCAGGCCCGUUUCACAUGCGCACCCCUAUCUCCAAAGCAUGUGAUAGCCCUGGUUUCGCAUGACCAUCCCCAACUUAUAGUGGGGAUUUAUCGUCUCGAGUUUGAGAUUCGAGUCCAAAUGCCUAUCGUGUCACUGGGCCUGGGGUUCCGUAAUCGUUUUGAUACGGUCACAC